AGCAAGAACCAGAAGAAGGAGCGGGCGGCGGCGCUGCAACACGCCCAGCAGGAAUUCGGCACCGUCCCCACUCCUUCGUCUUCCACCGCGGCCGCGUCGGCAAAAACGUGCGGCAGCUCAUCACCGACGUGCGGAAGGUGAUGGAGCCCUACACCGCCAGAGCCCUCAAGGUGCGGAAGAACAACUCCCUGAAGGAUUUUGUGGCCGUGGCCGGGCCCCUGGGGGUGACGCAUUUCUUAGUCUUCAGCAAAUCGUCCUCCAGCAUCAAUUUUAAGCUUUUCCGACUGCCCGGCGGCCCGACGUUGACGUUCAAGGUGACGCAGUACUCGCUGAUCAAGGACGUGGUCUCGUCCCUCAAGCGGCACCGCAUGCACGAGCAGCAGUUCACCCAUCACCCGCUGCUGGUCCUCAGCAAUUUCGGUCUCCAGCAGAUCCAGAUCAAGCUGAUGGCCAGCAUGUUCCAGAACAUGUUCCCCUCCAUCAACGUCCACAGGGUCAACCUCAACAGCAUCAAGAGGUGUUUACUCAUCAGCUACAACGCAGAGACACAGCUCCUCGAUUUCAGGCAUUACAGUGUGAAGGUCGUGCCCGUGGGCGUGAGCAAAGGCCUGAAGAAGCUGCUGCAGGAGAAGUUCCCCAACAUGAGCCGCCUGGAAGACAUCAGCGAGCUGCUGGUGAAAGACAUAAACCUGUCGGAGAGCGAGGCCGAGCAGGACGGGACCCACAACGUCCUGGAGCUGCCGCAGGCGUACGCCGGCCGAGGCAACAUGAAAGCGCAGCAGAGCGCCGUGCGCCUCACCGAGAUCGGACCCCGCAUGACUCUGCAACUCGUCAAGGUGGAGGAGGGACUGGCACAGGGCAACGUGCUCUACCACAGCUACAUCCACAAGAAGGAGGCGGAGGUGAAGGAGAUCCUGGCGCGGAAGGAGGCAAAGCUGCAGCUGAAGGCGCAGCGGCGACAGAAGCAGGAGGCGGACGUGGAGCGCAAGCGGCGGCAGCGUGAGGCUCAUAGGGAGAAAAGCCUGGCGGGGAUCCGGAGAAAACGACAGCAGGAAGGCGACGGCGACAGUGACGCCGAGGAUCCCGGGGCGCCGGAGCAGCAGGAUGCGGCCGAGCAGUCGGAGGAGAGCGACGCCGAGUAUUACCGGCAGGAGGUGGGCGAGGAGCCGGACAAAGAUCUGUUCCCCGACCGCCCCAAGAGGAAGCGAAGCUUCUCGGGCGCUGCCCCGCUACGGAAGCGGCGACGGCAAAGCCAGCCGGAGCAUCUCGCUGCCACCCCCAGCCCUCGCCCCACGGUGCCAGGGAAGCGACGGAAGGGAGACCCAGCACCGAGGGACUCGCGGCACCGCGGCGGGGCCAGGCAGGGGGUGACCGGCCGAAAACCGCACCGAGGAACCAAGCGCCCAGCCCGGGAAGGGGCCGGUCCCGGCCCUGGCCGUGCCACCUCGAGGCCGAAGGGGCGAGGGAAGCUGCUGGCAAAGGGGAAGACGAUUUUCCGGCGGCCCGGACAUGCCAAGAAGGGGAAGCGACGCGACCCCACGGUGGCCCCAAGACCGUCACCGAGGAGGGAGGCGAGUGCGGACCCCCAGGACGGGGUGGCCAUUUGCCAGCAGCCGCACUUCGUGGCCGCGCUCCACCUCUACGCUGCCUGCAGCCGCCAAAACGAGGCGCAGGGGGGGACAGACCAGAAGGAACCCCCCGAAAUGGCCGCCCAUCUCGCUCACUGCGGUAACUUCAGCAGCUUCCAAGAGUCGCUGUGGCCGGUGCUGGCGGCGCAAUUCCCGCCGGCGUUGGUGGGUAACGGCAUAGCCGUCUACCGUUUCACCACCCGCGAGCGCUGCUGGCACAGCGGCAUCGUCUACUCCUUCCACCUGGCUGUCUGCGGGAUGCUCUACUCCCUCUCGCUGCCGUUCCUGGCGGCGUAUUACUACCCGCCCAAGGACUGGCGCUACGGACCGGCGCUGUGCAAGCUGGAACGUUUCCUUUUCAACUGCAACCUCUACGGCAGCAUCUUCUUCGUCACCUGCAUCAGCCUCAACCGUUACCUCGGCAUCGUUUACCCGCUGCGGGUCCACGGGCGGCUGCAGCCGCACCACGCCAGGGUGCUGAGCGCCAUCGUUUGGGUGCUGGCCGGGGCGCUCUCGGCGCCCUGCUUUUUUUUUUCGGAGCUGCAAGAAGCGGAGGGCGCGAUCGAGUGUUUGGGGAGCGCGGCUCCGCAGCGGCUGCGGGAGUUUUAUCCCUACAGCCUGCUGCUGGCCGGGCUGGGCUGUGGGCUGCCCUUCCUGCUCACCACCUUCUGCUACGCCGCCAUUAUCCGCACCGUUUUCCGUAAUCCUAACCUCAGCCGGGCGGAAAAGCGGAAAGUGGGAAUGCUGGUGGGGGCGGGAGUGGCUCUCUACGCCUUUUCCUACCUGCCCUACCACAUUUUCCGUAACCUCAACUUGUGGCGUCGCCUGCUGCGACCGGGCACGGAGGACUGCGCCGUCUCCAGAGCCAUCCACGCCACCACCCAGGUCUGCAAGAUCCUCGUUAACCUCAAUAUCUGCCUGCACCCGCUGCUCUACGCCGCCCUGGCCGACAGCAUGCAGAGCUGCUGCGGUGCCGGCUGCGGCACCGCCAACGGGGAGCAGGCUGAGGAGGUGGAGCUGCGGCCAGCAGCGUAG